GCGAUUGGAGACGGGACGGCGGCUGCAGCGCCGCUCAAGUCUUCUGGCGCCCGGGUGCUGCCGGUGCUGUACGAUCAGAUGGGCCAGAGGUUCAGGGCCUACUCGAACGCCGUCGGGCUGCUGGAGGAGCCGCGGUUCGACGACUUCCCUGUGGUCGGCCCGAGGACGACGCUCUGGCUGUGCAGGUUCAUCAGAGACCAGGGGAGCGUGCCUCGCACCAGGACCGAGAAGUGGAUGCGGGACGCCCAUGUGCCGGACAACGACAGGGUCAGGCACGAGCAUGGCAGUCUCAUGGAGAUUCUUGAGACUGCGCUCACGUAUGAUCAGCUGGACGUGUCUGCCCUCGCCUCCUUCGAGAUCCUGUCGAGAAGGGUUCAGCUGUUGGAGGAGGCUUACACGUCCAAUCCGAAGGCGCCGCGGUUCGAUGGGAGCGAGCACUUCCAAGGCCUCGGCAGGAAGGUCGCGGCCGUGGCGCCGCAGCUCACCUCGCACGUGGCGUUGCAGCUCCAGGGCGAGGCUGCGAUCCAGAAGGAACGACGCAAGGAGAGACCCGCCCCGCAAGAAGCCCUGGCGGCGCUUCUGCGUGCGGGCGCCCGCUAUUGUGACAGCGAGUGUGCCGGGAACAUUGCACCGUUUGGUUCGGCUACAGUAUCUCUGCCAAGCCGCGACCUGCACGGGGUGGACAUCUACAACGUUCUGCCCUCGGACGCGUCGCGCAAGCUCAAGCGGACCAACAUACGAUUUGACAUCCCAGACUCAAUACAGCUUGCUACUGGCGACUCGCUCAGCCGUCUUGAGUGCGCCUCUGACCAGACCAUCUUCUCGGCCAGCUUCGACAUCAAGGAUUACUUCCACGAGCUCAGGAUCGAUGAGGAAUUAUCUCAGUAUUUUGCUCUACCAGCGGUCCGUGCCUCGGCUGUGGGGGUGGGGAGCAUCAAUGGUGUCAAGGUUGGUCCAAGUGAGCUCAUCUACCCGGCUCUGCAGUCACUACCGAUGGGCUUUUCGUGGGCAAUGUGGGCGGCCCAACUUGUCCAUGAGGAGCUCCUGCGGCGGGCUGGUCUUCCUCCAGCUCGCCUUCUUCGUGACGGCACGCCUCCUCCUUCGUUUGAGGGGGGGCCCGUUCAGCUGGCAUACGUCGGCAACUUCGGGGUCUUCGGCUGCGACAAGGCCGAAGUUGAGGCCGCGCGCCGUCAGGCUCUCGAAGGCAUUCGGCAGGCAGGCUUUCACGUGCAUGAGAUCGAGCAGGUCAGCGCUUCUUUGGACAUCGUGGGAGUGCAUCUCGAUGGAGAUAAGAAGGUGGUCAGGCUGUCCUCCGCCAGGGCGUGGCGACUGUACGCUGGGCUACAUGCUCUUGUACGACGCGGGCGCUGCACUGGGAGGGAGAUGCGAGCCGUGCUUGGGCACCUCUGCUUUGCUUUCUUGCUUCGGCGCCCUUGCCUAUCCUGCAUCGCGGCCUCCUUCGCCUUUGCCGAGGCGGCCGGAGGGGAGCCAAAGAACCUCUGGCCGAGCGUCAAGAGGGAGCUCCUCAUCGCCGCUGCCAUCCUGCCGCUGGUCUACGCCGACCUCGGGGCGGGCUGGCUCGACCAGGUGGUUGCGACGGAUGCUUGCGAUACUGGUCUGGGCGUCUGUGCGGCUGAGUGGGACUCUCAAGAUAUACGGAUCACUGGCAGCUACGACGAGCGCUGGAGGUUCAAGAAGGACCCGCUGCGCAAGCACCGUGAGGUCGCCUUGGCGGGAUGCGACCACGCCGACCCGCCGAUCGACAGAGACGGCAACCUCGUGGCGGGCGUCAGCGAGGGCGCCUGGCUUGCCAUCGGGAACUUUCCCGACGUUGCGCCUAUCUCGGUCAGAGGCUCGAAGUGGGCCGUGGUCGCUAAGCGUCCCUGCGGCAGCCACGAGGGGGCGAUCCACGUCAAGGAGGCGAGAGGCGCCAAGCUCGGCCUCAAGCACGUGGUUCGCUGCGGGCGCUGGCGGCACAGCAAGGUGCUCAUGCUGGUUGACAAUAUGUCACUCGCGCUGGCCAUGCAGAAGGGCCGCUGUCGCGAUCCAGCCCUCCUCGGCCAGCUUCGUCAGAUGGCCGCGCUGCAGCUCGCCACUGGGCUGCGGGUGCAGUGCCGCUGGAUCCCGUCCGAGGCCGCAGGAUCAGGACCAUCCGAGCAGGCGAUCCUGGCCCGGCCCCCGGCGAUGCGAGCCGAGCCUCGAGGCGGCUCGCGGAGAUCGCGAGUCACAACCUCGACAAGGCUGGCUGCCGCCCGGCGGUCGGCCAGCAGCGGGGGCCUCUCCUACCUCGAGAGCAUCGCUGUGAAGCCCGUCCAGAUCGAGGAUUACCACAGACGGUUCGAGGAGUUCUACGAGUACGCCCGCCGCCAGGGCUUGAACGUCAGCACCUUGGACUCGCUGGAGACGGCCCUCCUGGACUGGGCGGGCGAGGCGUAUCUCGAGGGCAGGAAGAAGCACGAUGGCGAGAAGCUGAAGGCCGCUGUGCUCCACUACUACCCGAACCUGAAGCGGCCCAACACCAAGCCGCUGGCCAGGUUCGAAAGAUGCUUGAAGGCCUGGGGACGCCGGAGGCCCGCGCUGGGCCGUCUGCCACCCCCGUACCCGACGAUCUGUGGCCUGGCUGUGGCUCUCCACCUCCUGGGCCGCACGGACAUGGCUGUAGCCUUGCUGGUCGCGCUGAGCGCCUACUUGCGGCCAGGGGAGUUGUAUGGGCUCCGCGUUCGGGACGUCGUCCCACCCGCGCUUGGCUACGGGCCAGAGUACCAGAAGUGGUCGCUGAUCCUGGGGCCUUCGGACAGCAACGGAGGCCCCACCAAGACGGGCGUCUACGACGACAACGUGACGAUGGACCACGAGAACCUGCAGUUCCUCGACCACUUCUUCGAGCUGUACCGCCAGGGAAAGGGGUCGAGCGACCCGCUGUGGGGCUUCACGCAGGCGGAGUUCGGGGCCAUGAUCGCGAAGGCGCUGAAGGUGUGCCAGCUCGAGGGCCUGGGGAUCGCCCCCUACAGCCUUCGGCACGCGGGCCCGUCGUGGGACGUCAUCGCGGGCAGGAGGUCGCAGCUGGAAGUCCAGCGUCGCGGGCGCUGGGCCAGCAUGAGCUCUCUCAUCAGGUGCGAGAAGUCCAGCAAGGUCAAUUCCCUGCUCGUGAGCCUGGACGACAGCGCCCAGGAGUACCUCAGGCUCGGCACGGCGCACCUUGGCGACAUCUUCCUCGACAUCUUCGCUGGUUCCGAGGGAGUCGGCAAGGCGGUGGCAAGGUGUGGCAUCUCGUCGCUAGAGGUGGAGCUCGAGCUUGGGAUCGACAUUUUUGCGUCUGGAGUGAUGAAAACACUCCUGAACUUGAUCCGCUCGGGCCGCGUGCAGGGGAUAUUCGUG